UUUUUUAAAAACGUGUAAUAGUGCGUCGGUGGCAGACAGUCUGACACUGGUCGAUAGGGCUGGAAUUGUCCGUCGUUGGCAUCGAGUUAACCACGUGGUCCUUGGCCGUUGACUGGAGAGGAUAGAGAUGGUCCUCCUGCAUGCCUGUCGAUUCAUCUGGUGGGCUGUGGAAGGGAGAGAGAAAGAGAGAGGGAGUGCAAGUGAUCCAGGAACCAGAAGAAGUAUCAAGACUAUAUGAUUCAAAGGCUCUGCAAGGCCACGAUACUAUCCGGAUAUAACAGGGACAAACAAAGAACUGCUAGGUGGACUUGAUGAUGUUUCGUAGGCCUUGUUCUAGGCUUGGCUUUGGACUUAAGUUUAACAGUCGGCUAUACAUUUGUAGGACAUCUCAUUCUGAUCUGAAUUAUAAUUAUUGGAUGGCUGGCUUUCGGUUUUAAGUAACGUUUGACGAUGGAUAUGUAAUUGAGAGAAAAGGAAAAACAACCAAAAGAACCUGAAGGAAGGCAGAAAAAAUGGGCACCUCUACUUCCUGAAAGGAAGACCCACAACAAGCAGUCACCUGGCAAAAUGGGCUUCCAAGCAGCACCAUCAUCCUCUUUUCUCUCGCCCUUAGUCUGCCAUACAUAUCCCAAUUUGUCUCCCUCUCAAUUAUCAUCUCUGAGACCCUUCCUACUUCCUCAUAAGCAUGUCAACUCUUUUAAGCCACACAUUCCUUGUCUCAAUUCUGCCAAAUUCCUCAAGGCAAGGACCCGAGCUACCCUUGAUGAGAAGGAGAAGGAGCCACUCCUUGUCCAAGAGCAGGAGGCAAGCAGAGACGUUGAGGAGAGCGUCAAAGUGUUGAAAAAUGCAGCCAAAACGAGGAAAAUCCCUGCUGAGGAGGUUCUGUCAGCUUUUUCUGUUAUUGAGAAGGCCAAACUCAACCCCUCAGCGUUUCUUGAAACUCUUGGUGGACCGGAUUCCCCUGGCAGAACCUGUGUGCUCAUUUUUACUGCUGAGAAACAAUUGAAGGACGGCCGCUACUUCCCUCUUACAGCUGUUCAGAGGUUCGAUGCUGUGGCAAAGAGGAUUGAGAAUGGAGUAUUUCUAGGACCAAUUGGGUUCUUAACCUUUGAAGGAAAAUUUUCAUGGAAGAACAGAAUAUUGUCCUUCAUCUUUGAGAAAAUCCGAGUUAAAAUUGGACCUUUUAACCCUUUAGAGAUCAGUCUUGGCCAGAAAGAAGAUAGAGAACCGAGCACGAAAGACCCUUUCUUUAUCUGGUUUUAUAUUGAUGAAGAAAUAGCAGUUGCUCGAGGCAGAAGUGGGGGAACAGCAUUUUGGUGCCGGUGUCACCGUGUUACUACUUAAUACUUCUUUGAAAUCUCUGAAAUAUACACCAAAUUGUAUUCCUAGUAGAAUGAUAAAAAUAUUCCACUCUGUACAUAACUAGAUCUCCAACUAUUCCAAAUGUAGUAUAUCUCUAAAGUCCUUGUCUCAGAUGAGUUGAUUUUGAAAAUCACAUGCUAAUUUCAUUUCGUAGUAAAGUUGAGUUGCUUCACUAGCAACCAAGCAGCUUCCUUUGUUAUA